AUGGAUCAACCAUUCAACAUCCCUGGCCUCGGCCAGCUACAGACAGACAACACGGCGACAACAUCGAGCGUCGAACCCGAAAAGCCAAGCGCCACCACAAUUGUCCAAGAGAGCACCGACACAGAGAUGACUGAGGGCCAUGAGCCAGUCGCACAAGAACAAGAGCAAACUGUUGAGAAAGUGGAUACAGUCAUGGAUGGCUCGGAGUCAAGGCCGCUCAACUCGACUACUGUCCAGCAGGAGAGCGGGGUGGCCGCGAAAGAGGACGAGAAGAUGGAAGAUCAUCACUCUGCUGAGGGCGAAGCUCCGGCAAGCAACAACGAAGCAAAACCAGGUCCACAGACGCAGGAAACACCUGUGAAAGGCCCAGAUGAGGAUCUCCAGGUACACUCAACAAAAGUGGAAGGUGAAUCAGCACCCGCCUCGCCUAGUGUUACGCACGCACUUGAAGCUGCGCUCGACGGACUUCUUGGCCCAGCAUCAAAGACUGAGGAGCAAGAUGAAGAGAAAGCCGGCCCCGAGGCUCUCAGCAACGGGCAUACCGAACCUGCCAACACGACGCUGGCUGAGGGCGCAGCCGAUGCUAAUCCUGAGUGGGAGGUGGACUCCUCACCCUAUGAAUCCUCAAGUUCCGACGACAGCUCCGACGACGACGACGACGACGACGACUCAGACGUAGACGAAUCUAAGCUGCUUGGUGUUGAGGAGACGGCACGGUUGCUAAUGGAAGCAGACGGUGGAAGCGAUGAUGAAAUGGACGGUACGAGGGCUGCGAAACAGGCCGCCGGGGUGCGCACUAAGAAUGAGCUCCCCGAUGAGCCUGAACCAACACCCCAUAUCAACCUGAGCCCAGAAGAUGUCAUUGCCCCUCUUGGAACCGUCCAACAUAUCGUUGAGGGCACUCAAGCCGUCAUCGAGGCACUUCAAGUUGGGGCUGCUGUCACAAUUCUCGACCGCGGCUCGGUCCUAUGCAAAGAGGAUCGCACCGUGCUUGGAGUCAUCCAUGACACCAUCGCAACUGUGCACAAACCUAUGUACAUUCUCAAGUUUCGUUCAGAGGACGAAGCGAAGGGAGCCAGCCUGGAGAGAGGUGCCCAGGUCUGGUACUCCAAGUCCCACGCAAAUUUCGUUUUCCCUUCACAGCUCAGGCAAGAAAAGGGAUCUGACGCCAGUAAUCUACACGAUGAGGAAGUCGGACCAGACGAGAUGGAGUACUCAGACGACGAGCAAGAGCAAGCUCACAAAAGGGAGAAGAAGAACCGCAAGCGUGGCGGCAAGGGCAAAACCAAUAGGGGCGAUGACCGUGGCUCGCACGCACCUUCUACCGUGGGCGAUUCGAACCUCAACUACGGUGAGGAUGAAGAUGGCUCAUAUCACAAGCUACCGCGGCCCUCGAACUUUGGCAUGGGCCUGCCACCUCCGCCACCCCCAGGAGUGCCGGCUUUCCCGACCAUGAAUGGCGGCAACAGGGGAGGCCAGCACGGUGGCCGGCGUGGAGAUUCUAGAGGCCGUGGCCGAGGAAGAGGUUUCCAAGGACGAGGCCGGGGAGGUGGCCAAGGGCACAACAGUCGUCCACAGCAACCGCCACACCCACAACCUCCGAACCCUCACCAACCGCCGCCCCCCUUCCCUGUGGUCCCAGCACCUGCACCAGGCCAGUGGCCAUUCCCAAUACCGCCACUGCCCCAGUUCGGAGGAGCGCCUGCAUCUUCCACUACUCCUGCUGCCCCAGCUCCUAGUUACCCGAUGCCAAGCUGGAGCCCGGCCCAAGGCAACCCAUUCCCCUUCCCUCCCGCCCCUCCGCCAAACUGGUCGCCGCCGCAGCAGCAACGACCACCGCAGCACGCGAGUUAUAUGCCACCAGCUGGAGGGUACAGCGUGCCUGGGCAAUACCCACCCAGCAGUGGCCCAACCCCUCCGGCUUCGGCGCAAAAUUACCAGUACCCCAACUACUACGGCGGGCAGGCUCAGAACAAUCAACAGCAACGCUGGGGAUAG